AUGCAACACGCCGAUUGUACAGAAUCAUUUUACAAGGACAGCAUUACUGAAGAGAUUCGAUCGCGCGGUGCCACAACCGAAGAGGAGAAGCAAAAUAUGUUACAACUCUUACGGAAGUUCGAAGCCGAAAACGACGCAGCAGCAGCUGGAAGUGAUAACGACGUAGACGAAGACGACGGUGACGACGACGACGACAAUACUGCUGAUUUACAAGAACGUUUUGCCAACAUUGAUUUGGAAAAUGCAGACUCGGCAGCUAUUUGGACUCUUUUAACAGAAAAUGAACGGAAAGAGUUUGAAGCACUUUUGCAACAGCAAGAUCAAGACAGCAGUAUACUUUUACCACAAUAUCAGCCGUGGUGGAAAAAGAAGAGCGAACACACAAAAAUAAUUGAGCAAUUUGAUGAAGACGGCCAUGACGAUGAUGGCGAUAAAAAAUCGCAAAAAAGAAUGAUGACGAUGUUACCUGAAUUACCAAACCCAUUGCCUGAUCUGGAAGCGAUGAUGAAGCCACGCUCACCGCCAGGACCUGAAUCUGAUCUGAUAUGGAGUUUGAUGCAUACUGCAAUCGCAUAUUGCUACUUGAUGCGUCAUUUCCUAGGCGACGUUCGCGAAGACGUCAAAGAUACAGUUGCUGUGCUAUCAAAAUUGUGCAAAGCAACGCUAUUUUCUUCAGCACCUGGCUGUGCAUACAAGAGCGCGAACGACGCAGCACAUGAUCUCGUGGAUGUAAUUUGCGAAUACGAACAGGAUACCAGUGAUAAGCGCAAGACAUUGAUGCUUAUGCUCCUAGAUGAUUGUCUCUCGCUGCUGGAGAAGCAGGAUUCAAUGGUGCGUGCAUUGACUGACGUGUGGCAGUUAUUGGAAGCAGGUGUCAAGCGUGUCGACAAGACUGACAAGAAGGCAUGUUUCUUGGCUGCGCGUAAAGCAUAUUUUUAUUUGGGCUACGGAGUCCAUCUUGCACGAAAUCUGGGUCUGGGUCGGAUUAAACUGUCAGUUAUGACUGAGCGGGAGCGUCUACUGUUGGAAGAGCGGUCAUUUGAUCGUGAACGCAAAGCGGUUGAACAAGCGUUGAAAUUGCAGAAACAAGCCAAUCCAAAAAUUGCUCAUGUAAAUUAA